AGGAGCUCCAAGACCCUGUGGGUUUGGGCCCACCUUGUGGCUGCUGUCAUUGGUGGACGGCUCCGGUCUCUGCAGUGAUGUCACCGUGUUAGCAGGACCUCAGCUGACAUGGGGACACUUCUAUGUUUCCGUCUGAGCUGAGUGAAGUCAUUCCACCUUAAAUCAGCUGCAGUUACAGUACUGAGCAGAGGCAGGAAGGCAGCUCGUGUCCUCCAGCUUAACCAGCACAGACUCAGGUGUUCCAGAUGAUCGUUGAAGGACACAGGAGGGAGGAGAGGAGGAGGAAGGAGGUGGGCUGUCAGAGCGAGGCGGCCGAGAGGAGGGACGCCGCCGUCCAGGUGGAUCUGCUGACUCAGCAGCUAAGCUGGAGACACUCAGGUGUUUCCUGCCACUGUGGCGCCUUCCAGGUGGAUGAAUCAGCAGGGGGCGCUCUGCUGCAGCUCUGCAGGAGUCGGGCAUCACGCUGCGGCACCGACCGCCCUGCCCUGCUACCCAGCGUGCCUCUGUUCUCCGAGCACUCUGUUCUGCCUCCCCCGACUCCUGCGGACGUCUCGGCUGCUCCUCCUGGACUCAUCGCUCCCCUGAGCCCGGGGCUGGCUGAAGAGGAGGAGCAGGAAGAGGAGCAGGAGGUGCACGUACCUGAGGAGGAGCGACUCUGCUCUGAGAAUGUGUCAUUUAAAGAAAAGAAGAAGAUGGUGGGGGAGAGGUGGCCUGAUGGUGGUGAAAGACAAAAGUCAUCACUGGCUGACAAAUCGACCAAUCACAUCGCAGGAAAUGCGGCCGGGAAGAGGAGGAGACUAAAGAUUAAGCUUCUGAAGAAGGAUGAGGAGUCCCACACCAGCAAGCGAGGAGAGGAACAAACAACCAGGAUCCCGGAGAGGAAGGAGAACGAGGGGCAGGAGGAGGAGGAGAGAGGAGGGGAGGAGACCAUGAAAGAAAGGGGAGGAGUCAAAUCUGUCAUAUUAAAGACUGAGGAGGGUCGGAGACCGAGGAGGAUGGUUGGCCCGACAGUCAGAUACCUGCUGGAGUCUGAGCAGCAGUCACAUGGGCCAACAGCAGCCAAUCACAGCAGAGCGAGCAGAGACGUGCGGAGGAGAAAGAUGGGGAGGCCGAGAAAGGAGCAGAAGGAGCUGGAUGACAGCAGCACGGUGGAGUCCUCAACAGACGGAGGAGCAGAGAGAUGGUGGAAGCUCUGCCAGGUGUGUGGUCUGAAUGUCACCAGCCAGGCGUCUCUGGAUCUCCACCUUUCCGUCCACAGACCGGCUUCUAGCUGCGCACAAGCUGCUGCUGACCAACAGCAAGAACAAACCAAUCACGCGCAGGGUGAUGCAGAGGAGAGGGAGGAGCCUCAGAGGCAGAGGAGGACAGUCUGCCAACCAAUCAGGUACCUACUGGAGUCGGAGGAAGCGUCACAUGGUUCUGGAACAGCCAAUCAGACCAAUCAGGAGGCAGCUACCAAACCCACAAGAAGGAGAGGAACAUCAAAAGAUGCUGUUGGGGGCGGGGCUUCAGAGGUGAUUGACAGGCCUGAGACUAAUGCUAAGGACACAGGUCACAUGGUCACAACAGGAGGAAGAGAGGAAGGAAAGGAGGAGCCUCACAGGACAAAGAGGACGAUGGUUGGCCGACCAAUGAGGUACCUGCUGGAGUCAGAGGAAACAGGUGGUGUCAGAACCUCCAAUCACGAUGCAGAAAACAAACCCACACAGCGCAGGCGAAGACCAAAAAAUGUUUUUGACUUCAGUGAGGCUGGGGGCGGGGUUUCAAAGAUGACUGACUGUUCUGAUACUGAAGAUAAAGAAACACAUGGUCACAUGGUCUCAACGGGAGGAAGACAGGAAGGGGAGGAGCCUCAGAGGCCCAGGAAGCUCCUCCUCACAGCACCCACCGAGGCUCCUUAUUGGUCAAGAGACAUAAACUGUGCGAGAACACGUCCCAGCUGGUUGGUCGACUACUGGACCCUGAACAGGAGUGGGAAUGGAAGGAGGGGGACAAAGAGGAGCAGAGUGGAGGAGGACGACGAAGAAAGGGAGGCGCAACAAGUCUGUGUGGAGAAGGAGGAGGAGCCUCAAAGGCCGAGGAGGACGAUGGUUGGCCCACCAAUCAGGUACCUGCUGGAGUCAGAGGAGACAACACGGCGUUCUGGAACAGCCAAUCAGACCAAUCAGAAGGCAGCUAACAAACACACAAGGAGGAGAGGAAGAUCAAAAGACUCUGUUGGAGGCGGGGCUUCAAAGAUGACUGACUGUUCUGACAUUGGAGAUAAAGACACAGGUCACAUGGUCUCAACGGGAGGAAGACAGGAAGAGGAGGAGCUUCAGAGACCAGGAAAGACGCCGUCUGCCCUCCACCCGUCCGUCCACAGACCAAAGCGACCUUUCGGCUGUCACCUCUGCAACAGGAAGUUCAGCUGUGCCAGCGGGCUGUUCCUGCACCAAUGCGAUCAGCACCACAGCAAUAUAGGUGGUCUCUACAGAAACGGAUGUGGGGCGGCCCUGAGCAACGCCCAAGCUCCUAAAAACAAACGGGAAAAACAGACCACCCAGGAUGACAAGGGGGAGGAGCCUCAGAGGCCCAGGAAGCCCCUCCUCACAGCACCCACCAAGGCUCCUUAUUGGUCAAGAGGCAUAAACCGUGCGAGAACACGUCCCAGCUGGUUGGUCGACUACUGGACCCUGAACAGGAGUGGGAAUGGAUGGAGGGGGACAAAGAGGAGCAGAGCGGAGGAGGAAGAAAAAGAAGAAAGGGAGGUGCAACAAGUCUGUGUGGAGAAGGAGGAGGAGCCUCAAAGGCCGAGGAGGACGAUGGUUGGCCCACCAAUCAGGUACCUGCUGGAGUCAGAGGAGACAACACGGCGUUCUGGAACAGCCAAUCAGACCAAUCAGAAGGCAGCUAACAAACACACAAGGAGGAGAGGAAGAUCAAAAGACUCUGUUGGAGGCGGGGCUUCAAAGAUGACUGACUGUUCUGACAUUGGAGAUAAAGACACAGGUCACAUGGUCUCAACGGGAGGAAGACAGGAAGAGGAGGAGCCUCAGAGACCAGGAAAGAUGGUCAGUCCACCAAUCAGAUGCCUUCUAGAGUUGGAGGAAACGUCACAUGAUUCUGGAACAGCCAAUCACACUGAUCAGGAGGCAGUUGCCAAGCUCACAAGAAGGAGAGAAAGAUCAGAUGCUGUUGGCCUCUGUGAGCCUGGGGGCGGGGCUUCAGAGAUGAUUGACAGGCUUGACGCUAAAGUUAAAGACAUAAGUCACGUGGUUGAAAAGGGCAGAAGAAAGGGAGAUGAGAAGAAGGAGGAGCCUCAGAGGCUGAGGAGGACGAUGGUCGGCCCACCAAUCAGGUACCUGCUGGAGUCAGAGGAGCUGUCACGGGGUCAAAGAACAGCCAAUCAGGACACAGAAAACAAACCCACACACAGCAGACGGAGCCCAAAAAAGACGUCUGUCUUCCACAGACCGAAGCGACCGUUCGGCUGUCACAUCUGCAACAGGAAGUUCAGCCGUGCCAGCAGACUGUUCCUGCAUCAUUGCGAUCAGCACCGCAGCAUCGUAGACAGUUCCCAAGGCAACAGAGUUGGGAUGGCCAUGAGCAGUGCUCGAGCUUCUGAUGGCAAAUGGAAAGAAGGAACCCAGGGUAAGAACGAGAAUGGGGAGGAGCCUCAGCGGCAGCGAAGAAGGAGAGUUGGCCCACCAAUCAGAUACCUACUUGAGUCAGAGGAGUUGUCACAUGGUCUUAGAACAGCCCAUCAGAGUGCAGCAACCAAACCCACACAAAGGAGAGGAAGAAUGAAGGCUGGUGGUCUCACUAAGGCUGGGGGCGGGGCUUCACAGAUGAUUGAUAGGUUUGAGGCUACCUUUGCCACAGACAGACAGACAGGUGUGCAGAGGCAGACUUACCUGGUUCACAGAGACUUGCAGGAUUGUCAGGUGACCAUCUCCCCCUGCUCUGUCACAAUGCAGCGCCUCCUCUGAUUGGCUGAUGACGUUCUUGUUAAACAUGUUUGUUUUAAUUUUUUUCUAUGAAGUCUGGUUUCAGUGAUUUUAGGUGUGUGUGUGUGUGUCACACUGUUUUUGAACAAUAAAAUGAAAUAAUGUCCUGCUCCUUUUUUCUGUCCUGCUGUUCAUGGUUUCUAAUAAUGAGGUCAAAGGUCAGGCUGCACCGCCCAUGGAACUGCAUGAUGUCAGAGAGGGGAUAUCCUUAUAUGGUCGCGUCAGGCUCUGAGUAAUCUAAAUCAAUGUGGGCCAAGACCCCCUGGUGGACGUCACAGGUACUGCAGGUGAGCCUGGAGCCAUCACUGCGUAGUACAAAUAUCACAAAUGCUACAAUCAAACCGAAGUAUUCGAGUGUAUUUAGCAGUAGUUCCAGUCCUGACAGAGAAAGUCCUCCCUGCAGAGUCCUCCAUCAUCAUCAUCGUCACUGUGUGAUGAGUUUAAAUAAGAAUCAGUUUUCAGAUUAUAUAGUUUAAAGUGUCACCAUGAUGACCAAUCCUCAUCCUCGCACUCAGGACCACUGGAGGACACCAGACUGCCGGACAGGUGUGGUGCAGGUAAACUCGGCCUCACUGAGAAAAACACAAGAACAGAGCUGUUUAUCAUCUAACACAGCACAUAACAGGCAAGGCACGAUUGUCCAAUCAGCAGCCUCCCUGGUAACACCUUUGUGUUGUGUGAUUAUAAACUAGACUGAUGCUGCUGUUCAGGAGUCUCCUCCACUUUCACUGCUAGCUCGCCUCAUCUGUUAGUGUCACUGACCUCUGACUGCCCGCCUCAGUAACGUGACCUCUGACCUCUCGUCUUCCUCACUAGUUCAGCCCCAUUUGGCGCCUCAGUGAUCACUCACAUGCUGCCGUUAGCUUCACACAGGUGAAGCACACCUUCAGUUUGUGACGGGCAGCCAAUUAGACGCUGGCUCAAAGGGGGAGGGGCUGCACAUCUUGUUAAAGUCAGAGGGCUGCAGCUCGAGUCAUUCUGCUGCGCAGUGUUAUAAACAUUACGGUAAUGCUCCAGCUGCGGUCUUUGUGGGAGAAGGGUCUGGCUGCAGCCACUGGGAGCGCCAUAUUGGGACCUCCACAGUAGCCGUAAAACACGUGACCUCCACAGUAGCACUGCACGGAUCAUCGACUGUGGAAACCUUGCAAGUGGAUCAUAAAGGUUGGCACAGAGUCUUUCAUGUAUAAAUUUGCUGUUAAUAAUUAUAUAAUUUUAGAAAUCAUCUAGUUUGCUUACACUAAUUACGUUGGCACUUUGUUAGCGUUACAACAACGGUCAGACCCCCGAGGUAUCUAAACUUUAGUAAGACUGCACUUUUGACACCUCUGGUUAGCAUUUAGUGGUCAGUUUCAAACGUAUUUGAUUUUUGCUUCUUAUUGAACUACUUUUCACGAUCUGUAACAUCAAUGCACAUUGUUCCAUUUACUGCGUAUUGCACUUUGUUCACGUCUUUCAUUCCACCUGCAUCAACGCUGUAAAGUUUGUCACAAAGAGAUUUCUACAUUUAUAAAUACUGCUAUUCUCUAUUCCAUUCUGUUCUGCUUUUUUAUUGCCCAGAUUUUUGUUAGCGUUUGUUAAAUUGUCUGUUAUAUGUCAAUAGAUACGUAUGUCACAAGUAAAAGUGUCUGGUAAAUUAUGUUUUUGUAAAGAAUUUUCUCCCCAAAUCUCUUACAUGCUAACUGUAAUGUGUUAUUUCUGCUAAAACCUGAACUUAAAGGUGUAUAUGGUGUUUAUCUGUUUCUCUCUGUUUUAGAUGCACAUAUCACAUUUGGAAUUCUGCCUCCAAGCCAGAAUUGCAGGAGUGCACCACGUGUUGGCUGUUUCACUGCCCUCUGUGCCCCACUCUCAGCCCUACUGUCAGGGCAAAGAUUGAGGAGCAAAUAAAUGGACACAUUAAAAAUGCUUUGCCUUUCAAAGACAGAAUGAUAUGCCGGCGCACUUUCACUGCCCUGUCUGCAACAUGACAGUCAUACAGCGUGGGGAUAUGGCAAGGCAAUUAUUGUCAUGUCAGCAUUCAGGACUGCUCCCCACUAAACUCUCCGUGGAGCCCCGCCUCCCUCCCGCUGCACUCUCCGUGGAGCCCCGCCCCUCUCCCGCUGCACUCUCCGUGGAGCCCCGCCCCUCUCCCGCUGCACUGUCCGUGGAGCCCCGCCCCUCUCCCACUCAACUCUCCGCGGAGCCCCAUCUCCCUCUCGAUGUCUCGUCUCCAGCAUCUAAACCAUUUCCUGAAUCUUCAGUAGAACAUUCAUGUGCUCCUCCCUCUGUGCUAAAUGAAACUGCGGCUUGUGGAAAGUCCAUGAAAAUGAAACGCCCUCACUCUGGUCUUACUCUUCUUACAAAAAAACUUCAAGACUCACAUGAUGAGGAGGCAUUCAAACAGGUCAACAGAUGUUUGCCUGGCCUGUCAUUUGCAGUGUUUGUGUAGAGGGACUUCCUCCUCUUUGUUUCUCAGUUUGCA